AUGGCAGACGAAGAGAAGACCGUUGGUGCCUCUUCAGCCGUGGAUAUAGAUUAUAAAGUAAUGAGCGCCGAUCCAAAUAUCGAGAAACAUGCGCAUGAUGUCGACGAGGCCAUGAACGCCUUUGAGAACAUCAAUGGCGAAACAAUCGAGCUUGACGAGUCGACAAAUCGCCGCCUUCUAAGGACAAUCGACUGGCAUAUGAUGCCGAUCAUGUGCUGCGUCUACGGCAUGAAUUUUCUCGAUAAAACAACCCUGUCAUACGCAAGUGUUAUGGGCAUUAAAAAGGAUCUUAACCUGGUCAAAGACGAUUAUCAAUGGCUAGGAAGCUUAUUUUACUUUGGAUAUCUUGCAUGGGAAUACCCAACCAACCGCCUACUACAGAGGUUGCCACUCGGAAAGUACUCAGGUUUCUGUAUUGUAAUGUGGGGUAUUGUCCUCAGUUGCUUUGCAGCUGUGAAUAACUACUCUGGCGCAAUUGCCAUUCGCUUUUUCCUCGGUGUAUUAGAAUCUGCUGUGACACCAGGCUUUGCCUUGAUGACUUCGCAGUGGUACACAAAGAAAGAACAGGGCAGCCGCGUCAAUAUUUGGUUCAGCUUCAAUGGCGUAGGCCAGAUUUUCGGCGGCUUCGUCGCCUACGGAAUCGCCGUCGGAACCACAAGAUACGGAACGACGAUCGAGCCAUGGAAGAUUGUAUUCCUUGUAACAGGGCUGCUGACCAUUGUGUUAGGAUUUACCUUUUUAUGGAUUGUGCCAGAUAGCCAACUGAAUGCACGAUGGCUGAACAAAGAAGAUCGUGUAUUGGCUGUUGUUCGCGUACGCAGCAACCAGCAGGGAAUCGGAAAUAAGCACUUCAAAAUUUAUCAGGUCAAAGAGGCUCUUCUGGACCCGAUGACUUGGGCUUUCUUCUUCUAUGCUAUUAUUGCGGAUAUUCCCAAUGGUGGUAUUAGCAACUUCUUUAGUCAAUUGAUUACUAGCUUUGGAUUUAGUAAUCAGAAGAGCUUGAUUUUGGGUGUGCCCAGUGGUGCAGUGGAAGUGAUCUCACUCUUGUUGAAUGGAUAUGUAGGCCACAUCACAGGCCAUCGUAUCCUCAGCAGUUUGGGAGGUCUGGUAUCUGGUCUUGUGGGAAUGAUCUUGAUUGUGGCUUUGCCUCAAUCGAACAAUGUCGGUCGACUUAUCGGCUUCUAUAUGACCGGGGCUAAUGCAACUGGCUUUGUCGCCCUUUUGGCUAUGAUCUCGUCCAAUGUUGCUGGAUAUACGAAGAAGACGACCGUGGCUGCAAUUUACUUGAUCGGGUAUUGUGUUGGAAACAUCAUUGGCCCACAAACCUUUCGUCCAAAGGAUGCUCCCCGUUACAUCCCUGCCGAGAUUGUCAUUAUUGUUUGCCUGGCGGCCAGUAUUUGCAUUCUGAUCUUUAUCUUCUGGUGGUACCAGAAGGAGAAUAAGCGCAAGUUGCUCCUUCAAGCGCAACCUGAAUACAUGAGACUGGAGAAUCAAGAAUUUCUCGACCUCACUGAUCGUGAGAAUCCUGAUUUUAUGUAUGCACUAUAA